AUGUCAAUAUCAAAAUUCAAAGUAAUGUGCUUCAUUUUAAUAAUUGUCGGUGUGAUGUGCGGAAGUCUCAAUUACCUUCGAAUUUUUCAAGCGCUGACAGCCAAAUACAAUUACGUCGGAGAACUCUCGGUGUCCGUUACGUUCGUGAUUGUCCAUUUCUUCUAUUUGGCCAUAAGCAGUUACAUCGGACAGGAGAUCAUAGAUCACAAUAACCACGUAUUCGCAACCAUAUAUAACAUUGAAUGGUACGGGACAUCCUUAAACGUACAAAAGAUGAUACUAUUUUUAUUACAGAGGGGUAACAAGGCCUUUAAUAUAAAUAUCGGAGGAUUGAUUGUGGGAUCGUUACAGGGCGCCGCCACGAUAAUAAGUACCUCGAUAUCUUAUUUCACCUUUCUUUACUCCACGCGGCACUGA